AUUGUUGCAACCCUGCGUUGUUCACAUCUGUUCGCCGAAUUGGUCUUUCGUGAAUCAUUUUGCUUGAUAAAAGAAGUAAAACAUUGAAAAUUUGUGAACAAAUAGCAAUCGAAACAUGGCGAAAAACACGUCAAGCAAUGCAUUUCGCAAAAUCGAUGUGGAUCAGUACAAUGAGGACAACUUCCGGGAAGACGAGGGCGCUGACAGCGCCGCCGUCGGUCCCGACGAGACCGAAAUCACCUCGCUGCUGACAAAAGGCAAAAGUGUCGAAGCGCUGCUCAGCGCACUCCAAAAUGCCCCGUUACGCUGCAAAAACCAGCACGUUAAGGACAACGCCCUAAAUAUAACACUGCGCGUGCUGUUAUCAAUCAAGUCGACACAAAUCGAUCAGGCCAUCGAUUCGGUGGAGGAAAACGAUCUGAUCGAUGUGCUCAUGAAAUACAUUUAUCGGGGCUUCGAAAUACCCACAGAGGGCUCCAGCGGACAUCUGUUGCAGUGGCACGAGAAGGCAUUCGCCAAGGGCGGCGUCGGCUGCAUCGUUCGAGUACUCUCCGACACGAAUCGGGCUUAGAGGAGGGACUACUGUAUUCUACUUACAGGGACCGAAAACAACCAGCUAAUUUAGUCAGUCAGAAAUGUUGUGUGUAGUGUCUGCCAAGGAGGAGGAUUACCAUCCAAUACCAAGAACGAAAGAACGAGAGAGAAGAGAGCCAGUCCUAGUUUGAUUUUGCCUCAAUUACAAAUGACAAAGUUUUCCAAAUUAGAUUUUAACUCGUAUUCAAGUAUUAAAGUUUUUAUUACAAAACUGUC